UUUUAAAAUUCAAAAUUUCUAUCCGUUGGGACUUCAUACUGUAGUGUUGUUUCUCCUCUCGCCAUUGAAGAAAACAAAAGAAUGGGAAGGUUUCCAGCAAAAAGCGACUAUGAAGACAUGCGAAAUGCCCGCAUCUCUGAAAAUCAGGCUCGACUAGCUUCCUUAGGACUACAAAAGACAAUAUCUGAGCUUCGAUUAAUAACAACUCCUGCAAAAUCACCAAAGAGAAAAUGGCAAAAGGUUGAUUACAGUAGCGUUCCUUUGCGCCGCUCCAACCGGUUGAAACAAGCAAACCCUAAUUCCUCGGAUGCCUCGAUUUCUGUAGGCCGAUCUCUCAGAUUUCUUGCAGAUCCAGACACCGAGCUCUCAGAUGGUGAUGUUUCUGAUGAGGAUGAGAAGAGGCCAGCCAAUGCUCCUUUAGUUGAUUGGAGAUUGUGUCGUUCUGCAGAGGUAUCAUCAGAAAGACGAUGCAUGAGCAAGGGUAGGGGAAGCGUAUACGACCCUGUUUUUGGGAUUUGCUGCCAUUUCUGCAGGCAAAAGAAACUGUGUGGUGAAGAAGACUGUAAGAGGUGCAAUGACCUUGAUGUUGAUCAACCAUGUCUAGGUAAGACAGAUUGCUCGGUGUGUCAUUCUACCAAUGGUGUUCUUUGUCGAGCUUGCCUCAAGAUCAGAUAUGGUGAAGAAAUGGAAGAAGUAAGAAAUAACAAGCAAUGGAAAUGCCCUCACUGCAUAGAAGAAGAAGGAAGCAAACCAUAUUGGAUAUGUAAUAGCUCUUUCUGCCUAAAGAAGAGAAAAAUGGUGCCAACUGGGAUUGCCAUAUACAGAGCUCGGGAGAUGGGAUAUGAAUCGGUGGCACAUCUUUUGAUGGAUGAGCUUCAACGAAAAGAUAAAAGAUGAUGUUUGUAAUAAGUCAAGUCACUUAAUUUGGAUUGUUUAGGUCUUAAUUGGAUGUCAUUGCUGGUUUAACAUUAGAGAACAUAUCGUUUCAAUCUAAGU